AUGAAAAAUAUCUUUACACUACAAGGAAAUGCCAAUGGACAGCCAUGUGUAUUCCCUUUCAAAUAUGAAGGCAAACAGUACAAUGAGUGCACAGAUGCUGGGCGGUCAGAUGGCUGGCUCUGGUGUGCGACAACUGCAGACUUUGAUGCUGAUAAACUGUAUGGAUUUUGCCCGCUAAUAAACAACACCGAAAGAUUUUGGACGAAAGAUGUUUCAACUGGCAUCCGCUAUCAGAUAAACUCAGAAUCAGCUCUAACAUGGCACCAGGCAAGGAAAAGCUGUCAGCAGCAAAAUGCAGAACUGUUAAGCAUCACAGAGAUUCACGAGCAAGCAUAUAUAGGAGAGCUAACUAAAAAAUUCGGUUUUGCAUUCUGGAUUGGAUUGAAUGCUUUGAAUUUUAACAGUGGAUGGCAAUGGGCUGGGGGCAGCCCUUUCAGAUAUUUAAACUGGGCUCCAGGAAAUCCUUUCCUGCUCCCUGGGAAAAUCUGUGGAGUGAUGAAUCCCAGAAAGAGUGCUAAGUGGGAAAACCAAGCCUGUAACCAGAGACUCGGCUACAUUUGUGAAAAGAGGAGCUUCAGUUCAAAGUCUAACAUAAUACCUAAAGAGGAAUUGAGACCUAUUAAGUGCCCAGCUGGCUGGUGGCCAUAUGCAGGCCACUGCUACAGCAUUCAACGGGAACCCAAAAUAUGGAAAGAUGCUUUGACUUCAUGUAAGAGGCAAGAUGGAAAUUUGGCAAGUGUCCACAACAUCGCUGAAUACAGCUUUCUAGUGUCACAGCUUGGUUACAAGCCAACAGAAGAGCUAUGGCUGGGUCUGAGCGACCUGAAGACUCACUUCUAUUUUGAGUGGAGUGAUGGGACUCCUGUGAUGUUCACCAAAUGGCAGCGCAGGCAUCCCACCUAUGCAAACGGUCUGGAGGACUGUGUUGUUAUGAAGGGGCAGGAUGGAUACUGGGCAACUGAUGUUUGUGAUAAUCACCUUGGUUACAUCUGUAAAAGGAAACCUUCAUCACAGUCCCCUGGAAAAGAGACCAUCAAGGACUCAGGCUGCCAGAAGGGUUGGAAGAGAUAUGGUUUUCACUGUUACUUGGUGGGCUCUGCACUUUUGACAUUCUCAGAAGCAAAUAAGACAUGUGUACAGAGCAAAGCUUAUCUAGCUACGGUGGAAAGCAGAAAUGAGCAGGCCUUCUUUAUUAGUCUGACGGGGCUGAGGUCUGAACAGUAUUUCUGGAUCGGUCUCUCUGACACAGAAGAACAAGGGCUUUUCAUGUGGACUAGUGGUGAAACUCCUCUCUUCACACACUGGAACGCUGCAAUGCCGGGAAAAAAGCAAGGCUGUGUUGCCAUGAGAACUGGAAUUGCAGCUGGAUUAUGGGAUGUUGUUAGCUGUGAGAAGACAGCAAAUUAUCUUUGCAAACAGCGGGCAGCUGGAGUGCAGCCUCCUGCUCCUCCAGUACAAGUCCCUGCGGUUGCCUGUGCCGAAGGCUGGGAUGGAGCUUCCUGGGCAGACUCGUGCUUCAAAUUUUUUGUGAGAGAGGGAAAUGAGAAGAAGUCUUGGUUCGAGGCUGAAGAAUUCUGUAAAGAAAUAGGAGGAAAUCUGGUCACAAUCAAUACAAGAGAAGAUCAAAUUUUAUUAUGGCAAUUAGCAUCGGAUAAAGGACUGCACACUCAGGCUUUCUGGAUUGGUUUGUUUCUCUUAAACCCCGACGACGGAUUUGCCUGGAUUGAUGGUUCCCCUGUAAUUUAUGUGAACUGGGAUGAAGAUGAACCCAACAACCAUGAAGAACUUGAACACUGUGUUAUGUUUAAUAGAUCACCCCAAAUGCGCUGGAACGACUUGCGCUGUGAACAUUUACUUAAUUGGAUUUGUGAAACGAAAAAAGGUACGCUGCCAAAACGUGAACCAAACUACAAAUUUGAAUAUCAAGCCACAAGUGAUGGAUGGAUUAUAUAUGAAGACAAGCAGUACUAUUUCAGCAGAGAACAUGUCCAUAUGGGAGAAGCACGGAGAAUUUGUCAUCAGAACUUUGCAGAUCUUGUUGUCAUUGAGAAUGAAAGCAAAAGACAAUUUCUAUGGAAAUAUAUUUACACAAAACACAGAAUGGAAUCAUUUUUCAUUGGCUUAGUUGUCAGCUUUGAUCAGAAAUUCAGUUGGCUGGAUGAGACCCCAGUAAACUAUGUUGCCUGGGCUCCAAAUGAACCCAAUUUUGCAAAUAAUGAUGAAAAUUGUGUGAUAAUGUCAAGCGAUUUUGGUUUUUGGAAAGAUAUAAACUGUGCUCAGAAAAAUGCCUUCAUUUGUGAAAGACACAAUUCCACUUACUCAGGAUUUGCUCCUACUGUUCUUCCUACUCCUACUGUACUUCCACCUCUGAGAGGAUGUCCUGAAACCUGGCUUUUGUUUAACAGUAAGUGUUAUAAAAUAUUUGGAUCCAGAGAAGAGAGACUGACUUGGCAUUCAGCAAGAAGUGCAUGUAUAGAAUUAGGGGGAAAUUUGGCUUCUAUACACAACGAGGAAGUGCAAGCUUUCUUCACCUUCCACCUAAAGGAUGUCUCCAAUGAAACUUGGAUUGGACUGAAUGAUAUUAACAAUGAGGAUACGUAUGUUUGGACAGAUGGAAGCUCUUUUGACUAUUCAAAGUGGGCAAGACGUUUCCCAUUUAGAGAUGAAUUCAUGCAAGUUGACUGGAAGUAUAUUACAAUUGAGACCGACUGUAUUGCAAUGACGACAAGAUCUGUAGAUGAAGCAGGAUACUGGGAGAACACUGACUGCCUGCAUAACAAAAGCUACAUUUGCCAGAUGGACAGCAAGCCUGAACUGUUUCAUUUCACAACUACUCCAGAUUCUGAUUUCAUCAAUUAUGAUAACAGCAGCUAUUUAAUUAUUCCUUAUAAAAUGAAUUGGGAAGAAGCAAGAAAAGCCUGCAAGGAGAAAUCUUCAGAACUUGCCAGCAUUUUUGAUUAUCUGCUGCUGCAGGCAGUGCAAUACAGAGAGCCUUUAUGGAUUGGACUCAACAGCAAUGUGAGUUAUGGCUAUUACAGAUGGAGUGAUAAAAGGAAAAUAAACUUCUCUAACUGGUACUAUGAAGAGCCAAAACAGAAAAUAGCCUGUGUCUAUCUAGAUCUCCAUGGGAGCUGGAAAACAGCACCUUGUAAUGAAGAACAUUUUCCCGUCUGCAAAAAAUCUGAGGAUGUACUUCCUUCUGAUCCCCCACAGGAUACUGGAAAAUGUCCUGAAUCUGAUCACAUAUUUUGGAUCCCUUUCCGAAGCCAUUGCUAUAACUUCAAUGCCAACGAAAUGAGCUGGGCUCAGGCAGUGACUCAGUGCAUUCAUUCAGGUGGUAUACUGACUUCUGUUGAAGAUCCCGCUGAAUCAAACUUUUUAACAGAACAUGCAGACUUAUACACAAGCAAGACAAGUGGCUUUUGGAUAGGAAUGUACAGAAACGUAAAUGGGCAGCUGCUUUGGCAAGACAACAGUGCCUUAGACUUUGUCAACUGGGGAGAAGGACAGCCCACGGAGGACCAGCUUGAUUACUGUGGGGAGUUAUCUGCAUCCUCCGGCUACUGGAGCAUCCUUCCUUGUUCUUCCCAAAAGGGUUUUAUUUGUAAGAAGCCAAAGACGAUUCUUAAAACAGCUGCAAAUGUGGAAGAUGCCAAGAAGGACAAAGCACUUGGUCACAUGAAUAUGUGGAUACUACUUAUGCUGGUCCUCAUCAUUUUAUUAGGGAUGGGCUUCAUGAUUUAUUUCUUUUUCAAGACCAAAACUCAAAGUGAGACUGACAGAGAGGUGGGACAGCACAGCACACUGGUAGAAUACAGCCAUAUCUUAACUGGAAAGGACGAGGAAAAUGAUUCUACUAACGACAAAGGAAAAAAUGAACACAGUGUCGUCUAA